AUGGGCGUGGAGGGAGAUUUGCGACAGGAUUUGGCUUCAGGUGACCUAAAAAUCCCAACCGAUCUCGGGAGGAACGGACGGAAUAAUACAAUGAUAUGUAACGAGAUGCGAUGGAUAUCAGUGAUGGUAUUUCCUCCUCGCCUUUUCGUGUGGUUCAAUUCAACAGCCACCAGGGAGCCAGAGGGUAAACACGCGCGUUUGGGAACGGUGACGGAUCGUAAACGCAAUCGCAAUCGUAAUCGUAUUUGCUCCAGUCCUUCUCUAGGAAACCCGUAUCCUCUUGUAACCAGUUCAGCCCCGAAUCACCCUGAGGCUCAAUAA